AUGGCCAUGGGCAUUAUCGAACUGGCUGUAGCGCCGCCGCCAGAUGAUCCCAUGGACACAACGGAAACAACCGACGAACAAGAACCGCCACCACAGCCCCCGUCACGAAUAGACGCCGUAGCAGCUAGGGCCCGUGGCCAGCGGCGCUGCGGCGGCGGCGGCGGCGGCGGCAGCGGCACCUGUGGCAAGGAGGCUAUGAACGGCUUGUACUCCCAGAGCCACCCGCCGAUGCCUCUGCCGCCGUUGAUACUGCCACUGCUCCCGCAUCUGCCAGCGAAACAGCCGUUGCUACAGCCUCCACCUUCGGCCGGUGCAGCAGCAGCGGCGUCGGCGGCGCGAAGCGCUAUCCUGUCAGAGGGCCGCCGCCGCCGCCGCCAGCUACCAACCAAUGAUGGCCAAACGGAGGGCUCCGCCGCCGCCGCCGCCGCCGGCCUCGUCGCCGGCGGCGGAAGCAGCGAAAGCAAUCCGUCGGCGUCCAAGAGGUGUCGACACUGUAUCGGAGAUGGUCGCGCUACAGCCGCCGGCCUGGCGUUGCCGUCGGCUGCUGCUACUGCUGCCGCCAGUGGAGCGUUGGCGCAGUAUAUCAGGGCGCUAAGUCUGGAUCCGCCGCCGCCACCGCCGUCGUCGCCACCGCCGCAGUUGCCCCCGCCGUCGAUGGCGCUACAGGAUCCGCCGCCGCCCUCCCCACGGAUUCUGUACGACUUCCGUAUUCGUGAAGCCGUACCCAGCUGGGACUGCGACCCUGACGCCGCUGCAAUUCCCGCGACACCUCCUGCUGGUGUAGCCGCUGCCGCCGCGGCGACGGCAUCGGCAGCGUGUAGCGCUCUGACGGCGGCGACCAUGCACGGCGAUCCCCCGUCGCCGCCGCCCGAGUACGGCGGCACACCGCAGCUGCAGCGGCUAGAAGCUGCUUGGCAACAGCAGGCGCAGCUACAGCCGAUAGAGCUGCUGCAGGGGCGGUGGCAACCGUUGCUACAGCUGCUGCAGGACGACAAGCCGUUUCAGCGGCAGUUGCAGCGGCAGAUGAUGAAGUGGACUGUAUGCGAGGGGGGAGAGGGAAUGGAGGCGGGGUCGCCGCCGGAUGCGGUACCGGAGGGUGCCGGUGUGGUCCCCGUGGUGGUGGUGGGGGAGGUUCCCCUCCGAAGGGCCCAGCAGGGCCAGGAGGAGGAGGGGAAGGAGGAGGGAAAGGAAGGGGAGGGGGAGGAAACGGGGGAGGAGAAGGUAGGGGAGGUGCGGGAGGGGGAGGAGGAGGGGGAGAAGAAGGUGGGAGAGGAGGUUUGGGAGAUUGGCAGGAGGGGCCGCAACACCCAGGAGGAGGAGCUGGAGGAGGAGGAGAAGGAGAACAUGGGGGAGGUCGUGGAGAAGGAAGACCUGCCGCCGUGUCCUGGCGACCUGCCGGCUGCCCAACUGGGCCCUAUCCCGGCCACUUCGGUCCUGGAUUCGGAGCUGCUUCCCUCCCUUGUGGGCCGCCGUACGGAGUCCAUUCGACCUGUGGGGGCCUGGAGGAAGGGAGGAGGCUGUGGCGGUGUUGGCGGGCUGGGGCAGAUGGAGGCGUGGAGGUAG